CCGUUGUUAGGCAGAACCACAGAGUCGUGGGCGAGUGUGCGCGCGCAUCCCCCGACCAGCGAAUUUGCAUCGGUCAUGUCAAUAUAAGCGACACACCCUAGGAAAACUGUGCUACUUCUCAUUCAGCCGUCGUUGUGAGCUUGUCCUCUCCUGGUACUGCAACGGUGAACUCCGACAGCCCUUGGAAUACUGGUCGUCGCUAAGCUGAAGAUCAUGGUGAUGGUAAUGAUGUUGGUCAUCAUUACCAUGGCGUCUUCCCCUGCCAUGUUUGUUGCUCCGAUGCCGUAUGUUUCGAGAGUAUAUGGCUCGAUGACUUCCAUUGGAGAGGCAGUGACGGCAGUUCUCCGGGAAUCUGGGCAGCUCGACUGUUCUCUCUUCCUGCUAGUAGAUGGCACCACUAUGCAGUACAUCAACGUAUACGCGGACUUGAGCUCACUUCUCAGUCCGAUGGCGAUUUUCGAAGUUCUUCCCGGGUCGGCGGACAACAGCAGUGACGAGAGCGAAUUGGCCGAUGCGGUGGCGGAAGUGAGGCAGCUACGUAAAUUAUCGUCGUGUGUUACUCUUUUGGUCCUGAGCGACGACCCCGCCUUCCUGGCCUCGUUCGCCGAGUCGUCGCUCCGGGGCCGCCUCCUGGUGUGGGCCACGAGGCUCCUGGUCGUCACCCGCCUGCCCCUUCACGAGCUCCGGCGGCUCCUCUCCUCCUCCUGGACCUUCUCCAUGAUGAACGCCAUGAUUCUCAACCAGGAGGAACAACCACAGCAAGAAAUGUCUUACAGGUAUAGCAUUUACUCUCAUUUACCGUACACUCCCGAAGGCCCUCAGGUCCUGCGCGUCGCAUCCUGGUCUCUCUCUAGAGGGCUGAUCGUGACCAAGAAAACGAAUCUCUUUCCUGAAAAAUUUACUAAUUUUUACGGAUCACGAGUCAAUGUGACUGCGCUACCCUACACUCCACAUUGGGUGGAAGACGUGGCCGUGAAUGCAGAUGGAACUUCCACCAAAAUCUACGGUGGAACAGAUUAUUUUCUUCUCAGCACCAUCGCCGAGGCACUGAAUUUCUCCAUCCAUGUUCUUGAAACAAGCUCUUGGGACGAGGUCGCAACCCGAGUAGAGGAGCGCGUGUCCUUCAUGGCCACGGUCUUCCACAACGUCCUCCCGCAGCGAUUGGAGCGUUACGACUACUCCUACACCUACGAGUACGGUUCGCUGGACUUCUGCGUGGCCAUGCCCGGCCUCCGCCCUCAGUGGCAGAGCCUGUACUACCCGCUGUCCGACCUGGUGUGGGCGAGCGUGCUGCUGGUUCUCGUGCUGGUGCUCGCGUCGCUCUACGUGGUGAUCCGCCUGGACUGGGAAAACAAAGGGAAGUCACCCACCACCGGAUUCGGACGCGUGGCAGAAACCGUGUUCGGAAUCCUGAUGUGGCAGAGCGUGGUCCUGAGCGCAGCCAGGGACCACGGGAGCCGCGUCCUGGUCAUGGCCUGGAUGAUCUUCGCCUUCAUCGUGGGCACCGCCUACCGGGGCAACCUCACCGCCGCCCUCACGCUGCCUAAGUACCCGCCGCGGGUCGAGACGCUCCUGCAGCUGGUCAACACGUUCGACAGCGUCACAAUGCCUCCCUUCGGCACGGAAUUCAUCAAGUUCUUCAAGCAGUCGGACUCCGGCGUCUAUAAGGCUCUUGCUGAACGCAUGCACAUCGUCCCGUCGGUUAUGGAGGGUCUGCAGCAAGCCUUGGAGAACAGAGAGGCCCACGUCGCUGGCCGGAGGUACAUGGAGCAGAAAAUCGCGAAGUACUUCUCUCUACCCGACGGAGGGGGCAAGCUGUACGUCGGGCGCGAGAGCCUCCUGCCGGGGAUUUCCGCCUGGCCCAUCCCCCACGACGCCCCCUACAGGAGACAGCUGGAUCGCCUCAUGAUGGCUGUCAUCGAGGCCGGACUCUACGAGAAAUGGAGCGAAGACAUGCUGAUACAAGCCCGCAGAGAAAGCCGGGAACGUCUCAAAGAACAGGCGAUGGAACGCCAGCAGAACGGCGAAGGAGGCGACGCAGAAGACGAACCGAAUGCCAAGAUCAAAGCCCUUACUAUUGUCCACAUGCAAGGGCCUCUCAUGCUCUUGGCGUUCGGUCUCCUAUUGGCUUCCUUGGGGUUCGCGGCGGAGUUGGUAACAGUGGCGCUGGUGUCCCGGAUGUGAGGGUCGGUUCGCGCGCUGGGGUCAGGUGAUGACGUCAUUGCAGUGGAAUCGGCGGAUACAGACGUAAAAUAUUUCAUUAGCGUAAAGGCAGGUUUCAUUUAAGAAGAAAAACAUGACUGUAGGAAGAUAGAUAUGAUAAUGUGUAAAUAAUGUGUCGAUUUUAUUAUACUACGGGCGAGGGGUUUUAACGGACCACU